AUGAACACAACUACACACUGGACUCUUACAUUUCAGCCCAUGUUGUUGAAUGCCACAGGAGAGGUCAACGAUUCUGCCCUUUACAGCAGCAGGAGCGACCACGGGUUCUGUGAGCAAGUCUCCAUCAAGGCGGAGGUCUUCUUGACGCUGGGGAUCAUCAGCCUUCUGGAGAACAUCCUCGUCAUCCUUGCCGUGAUCAAGAAUGGAAACCUCCAUUCUCCCAUGUACUUUUUUCUUUGCAGCCUGGCAGCCGCAGACAUCCUUGUGAGUACGUCCAAUGCUUUGGAGACUGUCAUGAUCGCCAUCCUAAACAACGGGUACUUAGUCAUCGAUGACCGUUUCAUUCAGCACAUGGACAAUGUCUUUGACUCGAUGAUCUGUAUCUCUUUGGUUGCCUCCAUAUGCAACCUUUUGGUCAUAGCUGUUGACAGAUACAUUACCAUUUUUUAUGCGCUCCGUUACCACAGCAUCAUGACUGUCAAGAAAGCCCUGGCACUGAUCGGAGUGAUUUGGGUUGCCUGUAUCAUCUGUGGCAUCAUGUUCAUUGUCUACUACGAAAGCAAAACUGUCAUUGUCUGCCUUAUCACCAUGUUCUUCACCAUGCUUUUCCUCAUGGCCUCCCUUUAUGUCCACAUGUUCUUGUUUGCACGCCUGCAUGUCAAACGAAUUGCUGCCCUGCCGGUCGAUGGGGUCACCCAUCAACGCACCUGUAUGAAAGGGGCUGUCACCAUAACCAUUCUCCUCGGGGUCUUCAUUGUCUGCUGGGCGCCGUUUUUCCUACAUCUCAUUCUCAUAAUAUCCUGCCCGACAAAUCCACACUGCAUUUGCUACACCUCGCAUUUUAACACAUAUCUGGUUCUUAUUAUGUGCAACUCAGUAAUCGAUCCUCUUAUUUAUGCCUUCCGUAGUCUGGAGAUGCGCAAGACAUUCAAGGAGAUUGUUUGCUGCUGUUAUGGCAUGAGCUCAGUGCAGUGCAUGCUCUAA